ACAACAAUGCAUACUUACAAGAACCUCUUGGAACAGGUCUUAUAAAAGCCUUCUGUCACUUGAAAAUACAAGGCUUCUUUAGAACGGUUCAAACAGGUCUUAUAAAGGUCUUCGUUAACUUAUAUUUACAAAGCUUCUUCUAAACACUUCUAGAUAGCCUUAAGGAGACCUCUUUUUUUUUUAAUGGUUGACUUGCGUAAGUAAACCUUAAACUAAACGUAUACAAACUACAGCUUGUCGAAUCGAACAAAAUGGACCUUAUGGAAGUAAAAUUGUUACUUGGGAUACCUACCGUUAGUUUUGGUUUUAAAAAUAAAAUUCAAUUAUGCUUGUAGAGAAUAGCACAAUAGUCAUAAAACUACCAAAUUUGAAUAAGUUCUGCACUUCAUGAAGGCUGCACUUUAAGACACACUGAUUGACAGAAUUUCGAGACCCACUUCUUAGGCAUUCUCUAAAAUCUUAAUAUCACGUCUGAUUGUUCUUUCGAGUUCGAUUUUAUUUAAAACUGAAAAAAAAAACACAAUAGAUUCGAAAAAAGGAUGGUAGAGUUAAACCUUUAGCAGAUGAACAGAGCAAGGGUGUUUAUCUUUAAUUAAAGCAAAAAACAUUUCUUUAAAUAAACGAACAGCACAGAAAAACUUUUUCACUAAGAAAUAUUUCAUUUUCAGAAUCAUGCAUUUAUUGUUAACUGAGAGAGGUUUAAGAAGACGCGUCGGUCGGAACCAUGCCGUGGCGCAAAAAAUGGAUUUUACUUCUUCCUGGGUCUUUUUAUUUUAAUAUUCAGCAUGCUUAAGUUUUCCAUCGAUAGUCUAUCGAAAGUACACGACGAUGUUUUUAAAACUAUCAUUUUUGGAGCUUUUAUAAUAACUGGAUGUUUAUGGAUUCUCAAUGACCCAAUGUUUUCACUGAUGUUCACACAAUCUGGAGGGCUUUUGAAGUACACUGUGUAUUUAAUUCUAUUCGCCGGUUGUUUAACACUUUUGAAUGGUUGGUUUGCUUGUUAUAGCAUAUUGAAAAGAUCGACAUGCAUGAUUGCUGCUUUUAUAUUUAUUUUAGUCAUCAUAGUUGGACUUAAGAUUGCCGCAGGUGCUUGGAUAUCUUAUAACAAGGAUAGAAUUAGUGAUCUCCUAACUGCGUCUGCCAAAUAUUCAAUUCAACAUGAAUACGGGCAAAUGAGUACAACUACAGUUACAUUUGAUGUUAUUCAAAAAAAUCUCAAAUGUUGUGGUGCCGACGGACCAACCGAUUGGAUGGCAAGCCAAUAUAAUAAUGUUGGCGGAAACGAUCUUACAAACAUUGCAUUUUCAUCUUUGAAUGUGUUCUAUAGUAUACCAGAAUCAUGCUGCAGCCAAGAUAUAAGUGAAGUUGUAUGUGAAAUCGCUAGAAAGCGAAAACUUGAUGCCAAUCUUCAUGCUGGAAUAAACAAAGAAGGUUGCGUUAGAAAAUUAACAGAUAUAGCUUCCACCAAUUCUGGAUUAGUUUUUAUUACAUUUAUAGGUGCAAUAUCUUUAGAAAUAUUUGUUGUUGGAUUAUCUUUAGUUUUGUGUUGUGAUUUAUUCCGGAAUCAAAAUAAAAACGAAAUGAAUUCUUAAA